CUUCGCCGCCGAGCAACCCUGGAGACGCGGUGCGCGUGCGUGCGCCCUCGUCUCUCGGCUUUUAAACCCUUGGAGGAUACACGUGGGUUGACAGGGUGAAUUCGUUCUCGGUACGGACGUUUUGCUAGCGCUUUACCAUGAGUUCCAAGGACAUCUUCGUGGGCGGGAAGUUGGGUGUUUUUAAAGGGAUAAAGAUCGGCCGAAAGAAGGAUGUGGUCAAAAAUAUACAAAACCUGGCGACUCUCACGGAGAACGAUCAGGUGACUACGAUUGCAUGGGGUGAUGAUGAUGAGCGAGAGGUGAUGACAGCUUGUGGCGUUAAGGGUGAGAGAAGAAUAAAGAUCUAUGAUGCAGAGAGCUUGGUCCUGACACAUUCAUUUCCCUGUGAUGCAGGCAAAGGCGAAAUCAACGGGAUAUCACGAUACGACAAAUCUAUUUUGACGGCGGUCAAGUCUGGGGAGGUGAGUCUGUGGUCAUCCACUGGAAAAGGAGAAGUGUUAAUUAAUGCCGGCGAUAAUUUGAACAGAAUGUGCCAUUCGCAUGUAGAGAAAAACACAAUAGCAACUGGAGGACAGGAGAACAGGCUAAAGCUAUAUGAUUUGGAAAAACAAAAGCAGAUAUUUAAUGAGAAAAAUCUUCCACACGACUGGCUAGAGUUAAGAGUGCCCAUUUGGAUAUCAGACUUGAAUUUCUUGCCAAGAACCCAACAGAUAGUCACAGUUGGCAGAUAUGGACAUAUACGCCUAUACGAUCCACGUGCACAAAGACGUCCUGUAAUAAAUAUGACGAUGCAAGAUGAAGCCUUGACUUGUCUCACCAUCGCGCCCAAAGAAAAACAUAUCAUAGUGGGUUCUGGUAAAGGUAGGAUGAAUCUUGUUGAUCUGAGAAAAUCAGGCACCAUAUUGAAUACGUACAAAGGAUUUGCUGGCGGCGUAACUGGGGUAGCUUGUAGCACAAGUGAUCCAUACGUCGCGAGUGUCAGUCUCGACAGAUAUUUACGGAUACACCAUAUCGAUACAAAAAAGCUACUCAAAAAAAUUUAUUUAACAUCUAGAUUAACGUGUUUAGUAAUGAGAUCGGAUUUCUCUAUGGAAACAGAAAACGAGGAUGACUCUGCAGAGGAUUAAGAUGCCAGUUUUAGCGCAAAUUUUAUAUCAAUAAAAUAUUUAAAUGACAUAAGAA